AUCAUCCUUCGUUGACCUUUUCAGGUUUCUAUCCUCAUAUAUUCUUCGAUGGGAUCUCCCAUUUUUCGUCGUUACCUCAAUCGUCAUUUCAUCCGCACGUUGAAACGAAGCUAUUCAACCGCAGCACAUCCCGAAAACAUCCCAACACCUGGAGGACUCCCGCCUUUAAUCCGGGGAACUCAAGAUGCGCCAUCCAGCGGUGCUCUUACAAACAAACCAUCCCUAGAAGACUACUGUUUCUACCGCGACACUCUGCCUCCCAAACCUUCCCAGCUUGAAUACGCAGAUCAUUUCUUCGCCGCAUCGAAGCACUCCCCCGUUUAUCUCUGGGGAAGCAGUCUAUUCCGAACCAUUCCUGUCUCCUCUAUUCCCGAAAUCGCAUUUAUUGGCCGCUCUAAUGUUGGCAAAAGUUCAAUCAUCAAUGGCCUUGUUGGUGAAGAUAUCUGCGCCUCGUCGAGUAAGCCCGGCCGGACGAAAUUGAUGGCGUCUAUCGGUGUCGGUGGCACAAAAGGAGGCGGAUCAAAGAUAGCGCUUGUGGAUACUCCGGGAUAUGGAAAGGGGAGUCAUACCGAAUGGGGGCAAGAGAUUCACAAAUAUCUGGAGAAGAGAAAGCAACUCCGACGUAUCUUCCUUCUCAUCGACGCAGGGGUCGGGCUGAAAACCCGUGACCACCAAGUGCUGAAUUUCCUCCGUCGUUUUGCAAUCCCUUACCAACUAGUUCUUACAAAACUCGAUCACGCUCUCUCCUUCAACGGCCAUAAAAAUAAAACCAAACCGAAUGACUCUCGCUCAGAUCUCAUUCGGUUUUCUCAAACCGUUCAAGAUAUCCUCUCAUCCGCCCAACCUGUCAACCCAAUUUUAGACGGUCCGGGGCCGUUGAAUGACGUGAUCGCAUGCAGCGUGCAAAUGCAAAGUAAGAAACAAAAGAAAUCAGUAGCAGGUCUUAGCUCUCUUCGGUGGGCGAUUCUUCUUGCAACCGGAUUCGAUCAAAUCCCUAAGGGGUUCAAACUUAAGAGAUAAUUGUUCUGUUUUGCUUGCACGUUGUGAUAGCAAAUGGCUGGAGAUUUGCAUAUACUUACAUACCUACACAAAGUAUUCUGUGCAUAUACAUAGACUCAAAGUUUUGGCGUUACACAGGACAUGGGGAUAUAUAAGGUCUAAAAUAUAGCGGACAUAGCGAAUAUAGAGAUAUAUAUUAACUGCAUACUCUCUAUUGUUAAAGGUCGGACGAAUAUAUUAUAGGUGCCACAGCGAUGCGCUGUUGUUGCUUGAUGGGCCAGUGCUGUAGACUUGUACCUCCAGCUGCGCCCCGAAAUUUUCGCUUUAGAGCUCUACAAAAUUGGACAAUAGCCAAAUAGCAAGGCUAUAGGCAUCCUACUCUCUUUGUCGCUCGCAUCCUAUCUGAUCCUAUGUAUCAACGCAGGCAUGUUCUACGAAAUCAGUACCACAUAUUGACACUUCCAGGCUAAUGCUUUCUGUAAUCCCCAGUGUUGUUACACUUAUUUACCUUAAAAUAUAAGUGAGACUGGCUUCUGCAAGUUUGAGUUGGCGAAUUAGUAGCAUAUCGCCCUGGUGGAGAAGUGGUCCUACACUUUUCAGGAGGAGCUUACUAUUAUUGAUAUCUUACCCGAACUGCUGCACUAGAUUGAGAGCGUGGUGUGACUCAGGAAAUCACCUAUUUAAGCCUUUGAUUUGGCCAGAGAAGUCCCUCUAUGUCAUAUAUUUGCUUCUGUAAGCAAAGAGGCCUGCGCCCGAAAGUGUUGCUACUAUUCAAUGACAUCGACAAACUUCGUAAACCCUUAUUAACACCAAGCAAGAUAGGCGACCGAAUGUUGGUGUUUAAAAAGAGACAAAAAAGAAGUGCAUGUCAUAGUUUGAUUUUAUCGACAAUAAAAAUGCAACGGUACUCCAUAUACCAACGCCUUGACAUUCCCAGGCCGUUAGACUCCAGACAGUUAAUGAAAUGCAAACAGUCGAGUGUACAUGAGGAAAAAUGCUGCAUCACAAAGAAUUUUGAGGCCGCCGGUUGUCAGAAAUGAAAAGUCGUUGUCCAUAAUUCAUGAAAAAAUCCUGUGGCACACCCUAUUGAUAUUCGAAUCCAUCAAAUCAUUAGCGCCUCUUUAACACCUUUCUCCAGAACAGAGCGCAAUGACCAAAAAGGUACGUAAGCCGAACAAAUGAGUAUGUAUGCCGUCUAGUGCGUGAAUGGCUGGCGUUGAAAAUACACAUUAUGGCUCUGUUCCUCCCACGGAAACAAAGUAGGACAAGGGUAUCAUAAAAUAUCUGAAAAGUUGCGCCGUUCAUCCAUAGUUUGCUGAGACGGCGGUGAUAUCGAAGUCAGAUCUCCGGUUUGGAUAAUAUGAGUCGAUGUUGUACGUUCAUUCGUCUGAACCAUCUCUAUCACCAGUUCCUUCAUUCUCUUCUUGUACUUCUCCACCAUAUCUGUCCACCACAAUUCUCCGACCCAAACGAUCAAUCGGAACUCGAUCUCGAGAUGCGCCAAAAUCAAGCAUCU